CGAGUAACCCAUAAGUCAAAAAUAGUUUUUAGAAAAUCGAUCAAUUGAUAACCGUAAUGUCACUGUUGUGUCUUGCAAAUUCUAUUUGUAAUGCUUCAAAUUUCCGAAAAGUUUCAUGAGUACGUUAGUAUUUACGUUCAAUUGGUUUACCGUCUUUUAGAUUGCGUGCAAUGUGUUCGUGUAUCUUUCUCGUAACAACCCAACGCGGCAAAUUUUAGCGUCGGAAGUAAAACAACGAAAGUUUUCAAUGUGUCCCGACGUAAAUGUGUUAUGCUAGUGCUGUGUAGGCCCUUAACGAUGAGCUUCUCUAGCGAUGAAGUCAACUUUUUAGUCUACCGCUAUCUUCAAGAAUCCGGUUUUGUGCAUUCAGCGUACACUUUUGGUAUAGAAUCGCAUAUAUCGCAGAGUAACAUAAAUGGCGCUCUAGUACCACCAGCUGCACUUCUAUCUAUUCUACAAAAGGGAUUACAAUAUACGGAAGCAGAAAUUUCUAUUGGCGAAGAUGGAACAGAACAGAGAAUGGUUGAGUCUCUGUCUCUCAUCGACGCGGUUAUGCCGGAUGUUGUUGCAUCUAGACAAAAUCAAAUCAAUCAACAGAAACAACAGAUAAAAACGGAAGUUCAAGAUACGAAUAGAGAAGAAGUGGUGACAUCAAAUAAUGGCGUAGGAACAAGCGAUCGAGGUGGUGAUAGAAAUGAAAUGGAAGUGGACGAACAGCAGCAAGGUACAGGGACGGGUGCUAAUGCUAGUGCUGUCGAAAUACCAGCUAGUAAGGCAACCAAAUUAAGAGGACACGAGUCUGAAGUUUUUAUAUGCGCUUGGAAUCCUACUACCGAUCUUUUGGCCUCUGGUUCUGGAGAUAGCACCGCCCGUAUUUGGGAUAUGUCGGACAAUUCUCAGGCUCCAAAUCAAUUGAUUCUUCGCCAUUGCAUCCAAAAAGGUGGUGCGGAAGUACCUAGCAACAAAGAUGUUACUUCAUUGGAUUGGAAGUGCGAUGGUACGUUGCUAGCAACUGGAAGUUACGAUGGAUAUGCGCGCAUUUGGACGACAGAAGGCAGAUUGGCUACUACUUUGGGUCAACACAAAGGUCCAAUUUUCGCAUUGAAGUGGAACAAAUGUGGCAAUUACAUUUUAAGUGCAGGUGUCGAUAAAACAACUAUUAUUUGGGACGCCGAAAGUGGCGAGUGUACUCAGCAAUUCAGUUUUCAUUGUGCACCUGCAUUAGACGUCGAUUGGCAAACUAACACAUCAUUUGCUAGUUGCUCUACGGAUCAAUGUAUUCAUGUAUGCAAACUGAAUGUAGAUAAACCCAUAAAGAGCUUCCAAGGUCAUACGAACGAAGUCAAUGCAAUAAAAUGGGAUCCUCAAGGUAAUCUACUAGCUAGUUGUUCGGAUGACAUGAGUUUGAAGAUAUGGUCUAUGAAGCAGGAUACGUGGGUACACGAUCUUCAAGCUCAUAGUAAAGAAAUUUAUACGAUCAAGUGGUCUCCAACUGGUCCAGGGACACACAAUCCGAAUAUGAACUUGACACUUGCUAGUGCAUCAUUCGAUUCUACUGUAAGAUUGUGGGAUGUAGAAAGAGGAGCUUGUAUACAUACGCUCACAAGACAUACAGAACCAGUGUACAGUGUAGCGUUUAGUCCGGAUGGCAAGUUCCUUGCUAGCGGAAGUUUUGACAAAUGUGUUCAUAUUUGGUCUACUCAGAGCGGGUUAUUAGUUCACAGUUACAAAGGUACGGGUGGUAUAUUCGAAGUAUGUUGGAAUAGUAGAGGUGAUAAAGUUGGUGCUUCGGCAUCAGAUGGCAGCGUAUUUGUUCUCGAUCUUCGUAAACUGUGAUUACGAACAUAGUUUAUAUUAUUUUUCUCCAAUUCGUCAUUUCGUUACACUUUUGUAUUACCUUCUCUCUGUAUUUCGCUUAUUCAUACACAUAUAUAUAUAUAUCUUUUCUUAACGUUUACGUAAAAUUAUUAUUACGUAUGAAAUUAAAUUAUAUCAAAAUUUUAUUGAAAA